CAAGUCGCGCCCCGUUCGGCUCGGCGUGUGGCCCGGGCGGUCGAUGGCGCGGUGGCUCCCGUGGGCCCUCUGGCUGCUGGCGAGCGCUGGACGGGCAGAGUGCGAGGCAACAGGGUGUGAUGUGGAGACCAGCUUGGUUCAGAUUCACAAGGCCUCUCCCAACAGCAGCGACUCCUGUGCUGGGGAGCUGUUCACGACAGUUGCAAAACAGUUGGCAAGCUACCCAGAGAUGCCAUCGGAAGAACAGAUCAUCUCUGUCUUUCAGAAAGGCUGUGAUCCAACAUCCUCAGAGUAUUCAAAGGACUGCGUCGCGAUAAAGUCCGCGCACCACAAGAUCUAUGCCCAGACAUUAGGGAAGCUCAAUGGUGAAGUCCGUCAAGGUUCUGUGAAGAUGUCCUUCAAUGAAUAUGCUGUGGUGACCUUAUUUUAAUGCAUGUGGCACAAUCGGGACAAUCCCGGAGUCAAGGGAGGUCAUCCAUUCGACACUUGCACCGAGCAGGACUUGUGCAACAUGAUCACCACCCAAGAGGGCUUUGAGAUGCAAUUCCCGCAGUCCCACACGAAGUCCUGGGGCUUCACGCCCAUUUGGCCUGGAUGGCCGGGCACUGGGAAGUCAUAUCCCAUGACCCGGCUGUUCCGGGCGAGGUGGUGCGGAAUUUCACCACUGCGAAGUCCUCAGCGAAAAUGCCACCAGACUUUGGACAGCCAUUAACACUUGUGGUCAUAGGAGAUCCCUGCAAUGGCAACUUUCUGGGAGGUGGCCAGUGCAAUUUCCGUGACUAUUACGGAACCAACUUGACGUUACCCACCUUGCUGAAUGCCGCGUUGCCCAGCAGUGACGUGUGGUUUUUGACGGGCGACAACUUCUACGACCGCCAUGGCGUUUUUUCCGUGAGCGUCUUUGCGCAGCUGAAGGAGGCAGCGCGAGCAGUGCCGCUGAUUUCCACGCCGGGAAAUCACGAUUAUUGGUUCCAUGGAUAUCCACAACUGGCAUUUAACGAUGAUUGUUGGGGGUUCGAUCAAUUUGCCAAUGGCCAAUCUCAGUUCUAUGCCAUGGACACUGCAGCCACAUGGGCACCGAAAGCACCAGAGGAGCAGUUGAUCUCUCCACCUGGCACUUCGACCUCAAAAUUUUCAGAAGCGCCAGCGUUUCUGGACCUGUCAGCUGCACCGAAAGAGGAUGCAAAACCGGUCAAUUUCCAGCAUUACAGCAUCGCGGGCAAUGUGGGCUUCAUAGUGACGACGUGCAUUGGAGAAGACCCACGUGCCUUUGUCACAGAAGCUUGUUCCUUCAUGAAAGAGAAGAAUCCGGAUCUCGUUCUGAUGCUAGGCCAUUGGAACAAACCUGGUGCUGGUUGCAAAGAUGGCUGGGAUGUGCCAAAUGUUUCCCAGUGGGCUCUCGACCACUCGGAUUGUGCCGCCUUCAAGGGAACCGGCCAAAGUCCGUAUGGCCCCGCGAAAACGGCUGCAACGCGACUGAAAUUUGUGGUUGGCCACCAGCACUGCAAUUGCAUGACCAACUUUAAGUUGACCAAUGAGGAUUCUUGUCUUAGUGAUGAUGCAGACCCCUCCGAAGUAGAUGGCUUCAUCAUAGGUUCUCAUGGCAUGAGCUGGGAUCCACAGUCAACGCCCUUGUGCAGCGCGCGCUUCGGUCUCCCAGUUUUCCGCACGGACAACCGGAGGCUGACGGUGGCUUAUGCGAAGCUCUCCUUGGACACCACCUUGACUCAUUGCGCGUGGUACCAGCCCUUCUGCCAUGAAAAGCCGGGUGAGGUGUCGCGGAGUGACCUUUUCUAUGCCUUUCUGGGGUAUACACCAUCUUCAUGGGCACAUGGUGUGGCAGGGCCAUAUGGGAAGGGCAUCCUGACAAGAAAGAUGAAGGUUCUCCUCAAGUGCUUGAAGGAGAAGGGGACGCCGCAUUGUUCCAAAGAUUCUGCUUUGUUUGACCAGUGGUAUUCCCACAGCUUGCAAUAAUCAAUUGCGACCCACUAAUAUGAUCUCAUUCGCAGCUCUCGAGCCGCCGCGAGAGGUAGACGAUCGUCUUUUGCUUCGUACGCCGCCGACGCCGCAAACUCUUGCAGUGGCGUGGCAGGUAGGUGCGUCUUUGGUGCCCAGCGCCAUAAGUGUGCUGGAGUGAAACGAGAAGACUGCGCACACGCACGUGUGCGGCCAGCGUUCUAGUGUGCGCAUGUUGGAAUGAGAGACUUUCCCUUUUUGCGCUUAGUUGCUCAGGGUUUCAACUGCAUUU